AUGAGUGUGGCUGUCUGCGAAAUCGAAUCCGGUUCCUGCGACAGCGGUGCCAGGCACUCUACCGCUACGCCAUCGCGCCCUUCUAACAACCCACCAACUCCUCAAAGCCCAAUCAACCCAACAAGUCCUCCAAGUCUUAUCAACCUACCGGGCCCACAAAACCCCCCAAACCCACCAAGCCCUUCAAGACCCAUCAAUCCACCAAGUCCUAUCAACCCAAGACAAGAGGAACAGAAACAAAAUUUGGUUGAAAGUGAUAUAAAAGACAAUACUUAUAAAGCACAGCAUAUAAAAAGUUGGCACGUGGCAGUGGCAGCAGUUGUGGUUAGUAUUGACGGUAAUUCAAUUGACUUUUGUACAUCUGUGCAGCUCAAUCCUGGUGUGAUCACUUGCAAGGGAUUGUUAACAUCACAUGGGCGGACUGAGACUGAGGACAAAGUUCCCACCCAAACCCAAACGACCAUAAUUGAAUUUAUAGUUGUAGCUAGGCACCAAAUUAAUCUAGACGGAGAUACGUAUGGCUUCGGGAUUAAACACGCGGGGAAAUGGUUUACAGAUGAGCAAAAGGGGGCACUAAGAGCCAAGCUGCUGAUUCUGCAGAAGACCGAAACAUACAAAAUCAACGAUGAUUGGAACAAGAUGGAUAUGGAUCAUAGAGAACAAAUGAUGAAGUUUCUCAACGAAAUAGACCUAGGAAAAGAAUUUCUGAGGAAUACGGUUAUGGAUUGGAUAAAUUUCUCGGAAGAGCUAAAAUUAAAUACAACAUAAAAUUGCUAAAUGACUUUCUGAAAAAAUGGGAAGAUUCCAGCGAAACUUAUGGACUGUGUUACGAUGCGUCGAAGCAAUCUCGGGAAACUAACCAGAAGAUAGCUGCCUUCGUCGCAAACCUGACAUUGGAAAGAGAGGAUGCAUUAUUG